GAGACCUGCUGAGGUUUUUGUGACAAUGAGGACAAAACAAAUGAGACAUGUCUGCGUUCUUCUGCCCAACAAACAGCAUCUGGAUUGUUCUGUCAGAAUGCGAGCCAGAGGCCAGGAAGUGAUGAAAACGGUGCUGCGUUCGCUCGGUGUCGGCGAUCUCCAAGUGUUUGGUCUGGCUCUUCUCAGAGAUAACGAAUAUCUUUUUCUGGAUUUGGAACAAAAGCUGAGGAAAUAUUUUGGUAAAACAUGGAGCAGGAACUCCCUAAAGGUUCCAUUCAUCGUAUUUCUCAGAGUGAAGUUUUAUUUGGAAAAUGGGCUGCUGAUAUUGAGCAGCAAGGUGCAGCAACUUUACUACUGGGAGCUGAGGCAGAAAGUGCUGCAAUCCCAGGACCACCAACAGGAAGCUCUGCUAUUCCAGCUGGCAGCUUCAGCGCUUCAGGCUGAAGUCGGAGAUCUGGAACGUGGAGAAGGAGCUGAAGACGAGGGAGGAGAUGAGAAAAAAGAGAGAGUGCAAUACUUUCUGCCAGAAGAUUACUUUCCACCUUGGCUAAUAAAUCACAGAGGGAGAAACUUCCUUCUCCAACACAGUCCAGUGUUGCACGGUGAGCUGAGAGGGACGCCGCGCAGCCGAGCCAUCCUGCAGUUCAUAAAGGAGGCCAGCAGCCUGCAGGAUGCAGCGCUGACUUUCUACAGGAUGAAGCAGGCGAAAAAUGAGCUGAGAAGUUCAAUCCUUCUCGGCGUGGCGCUGGAUGGAGUCUAUAUCUAUCAGGAGGUGGAAGGGAAGAAGCGUGUACUGUUUGCUUUUACCUGGUCUGAGAUCGACCGGUUUACUUUCCAGGGCAGCAGGUUUGAAAUAGCUGCAGUCGACUCAAAGCUGGUAUAUUACACCCACUCAGCCUUCCACUCAAAGCACAUUUUGAAACACCUGAGCGACAGCCAUCGUUUCUACGUGAACAGCAAGGACGCAGCUUGCUACAUCCAGCAGCUGGAAGACAUGCAAACCUGUCAGCUCCACAGAGAGGCUUAUAUCUGUGACAUGACACAUUUAAGACAGCGACUCCGAUGUUACAACCUCACUGGAUCAGCGUCAGAUUGCAGCAACAUGGAGACGGACACAACCUGGAACAAAGACGGAGUGGAGGAGGAGCGAAGUCCUCUAUCAGAGGUUGAAUCUGAAGAGGCUUUUGUCGAUGAUCCAGCAGAAGUGACCUGGCUAGCUGAGUUCUUAUACGGUGCGUCUGUUGACGGACCGUUACAGCUCCCAUCUUCCACCUGGGCAGCUGUGACCAUGGAAAUGAAGCAGGUUUUGUGCAAAAGAGUGGGUGCAGCCUCUCGCUCUUUUGAUUCACAGUGAAAAGCAAGGGGAGUUUGUCGCAUGUUCUGCAGCUCAGGACAAGAAGAUGACGAUGAUGCACAGCAAAACAGUGGAAAUAUAUCAACAAAAUAUUCUGUUUUCUACAAAUUUGCAUUCAGAAUAAAACCAAAAUAUAUGUUUAAAAUAA